CGCCCGCGCAUUCGGGUUUGAAACUGCGCGCGAAGCAGAUCGUCCUCCGGUUACGGUCGUGCGCUUGUGUUUUACUUGUGUUUAUAUAUAUCAUUGGAAAUGUCGAAGGAUGCUCCUCGUCUCAGCCGGCUGGGGGUUCUAGCCCCCGCCGCCCUGUCGGCGUGUAUGGACGCAUCGGUCCUGGCGGUGCCGGCUGCUGGCGCCAUCGUCUCCACAGUCCUUAAGGAACUCAGCAAGGCUUUCAUGUUAAAAAAAUGGUUCCACGGCAUAAUGUCCGCUAAAGAAGCUGAAAAUCUCAUCAUGGAAAAAGGAAGAAACGGAUCGUUUUUAGUGCGCGAGUCUCAGACGCACCCGGGGGAGUACGUGCUCUCUGUCAGGGUUCGGGGCAGGGUCAGCCACGUGAUGAUCCGAAAACAACAAAACAAGUACGACGUAGGAAGUGGCGAGCAGUUCGACGAUCUAGUCGGUCUGAUUGAACACUUCCGAUCGUAUCCUAUGAUAGAGAGCUCCGGUGACGUGCUACGUUUGCUGCAACCCGUGUCCGGAACUUGUCUCAGAGCGCAGGAUAUUGAUCAGAAAGUUCAGGAAAUGGACGAAUUCAGGAAACUCGACAGCAAAAUGAGUGGCUUCGAUAGCGAAUAUCUCGCUCUAAAGAUGAUUGAUGAUAUUAACGUAUUCACUUCUAACGAAGGGAUGAAGCUGGAAAAUAACAAGAAAAACAGAUACCGAAACAUAAUACCUUAUGACCAAACACGCGUAGUACUGCGCAAACCUCCAGGUCGUCCAGAGUGUUCAGACUAUAUAAAUGCUAGUUUCAUACGCCCUUCUAGACUGAGUGAUUCAACCAGCUCAGUGCAGUCUUCAAACGAAAGCCUCGACAGCGUUCAUUCGCUUGCCGUGCGAAAUGAAGCCAUAGAUGAAGUGCCGUUGGUCUCAAAAUCCAUAUCCGACGAUGCGAUCAGAGAGGUCAAAAGUUGCAUCAAAUUGGACAAGUUUAAUGGGAACUUGUGCCGAAAUUUGGUCAAAGAUAAAUUCUAUAUAGCGACGCAGGGUUGUCUCCCAAACACAACGGAUGACUUCUGGCGCAUGAUAUGGCAAGAAGACGUGCGGGUCAUUGCCAUGAUCACUAAGGAGAUAGAAAAGGGAAAGAGAAAAUGCGAGCGCUACUGGCCACUCAUUGGUCUUGAAGUGAGUCAUGGCGGUCUUGCAAUAAAAUCGGUUUCAGAGAGCUUCUAUGAGGACUAUCGCGUCAGGGAGUUGGAUGUGAGUGACAAGAACAAAUCCAAGAUAAUUUAUCAAUAUCAAUUCACUACUUGGCCAGAUCAUGGAACACCACCACAAGCUGAAGGUGUUUUGAACUUCGUGUAUGACAUAAACAGAAAAAUGUUUGAUAUUGCACGAGAGAAAAAUGCUCCCGAGAAGAACAUUUUGUGCGUUCAUUGCUCCGCUGGUGUCGGUAGGACUGGAACAUUUAUUGCUAUCGACAUGAUUAUCAAUAAAGUGAAGCAGUUUGGAUUUAAUUGUGAGAUAGACGUAUACAAUGCGGUGAAAUUGAUUCGCGCCCAACGCAGUGGCAUGGUACAGAACAAGAUACAGUAUAGAUUCAUAUACUUGGCUCUACAAAACUACAUGGACAGCAAGAAGAUGCGACAGAAGGUUUGCACACCUCGGGCCUAGACGAAAGAGUCCACCAAAGUGUCAAAUGAUAAGACUAAGUGAUGUUAUUUAUUGAUGUUUCGUAAUUUAUCUUGUAGUGUUUACAAAAAUCUAUCUAUGUCAUUCGACUCUCAUCAUUGUAAACCAAAUGAAUAUUAAAGUAUUAAUAAAUAUAG